ACUCGUGACAAGUCACGAGAUAACGCUCAUCUCUAGCAGCUUUGAGCAAAAUUAGUAUCUUGUAUUGGUCAAACACAGACAAACUCGCGAAGGUCUCUUUGUUGUCGUUUCUCGCAAUGAUUUAGGAUUACAUAUUCAGUGUUUUAAGCUAAGCAUAAAGUCUCUCCCAUCGCUGGACAUGGAUAUCCUGGACAUCGAUGAGGCACUAAAGGAUGAUUCAUAUAUAUUUCUGGCGGACAAGACCCACGAUGAUGUCUCCAACAUACUGCAGCAGUGGAAAUCGAAUAAUCAGACGCAGCCGCUGCAACUGCAUCCACAGUUACCGUACAACAACGAGGCCUACAAACACAACUCGAAGACCUUCACCCGCCCCAAGCGUCGCAACCUUGAUUUCAGCCAAAAUGGAGCAGGAAUGGACUCUGGAGCAGUUGCCGGCACUCCGCCUGGAAUGCUCCAACUGGAAAUUGGCGGCCUGGUCACCACAAAUAUGCACAAAUCCUUCCUGCAGGACACCUCUCCGCCGUCUUCCAUUUGCUCCUCCAUGAACACGGAACGGAUGAACAAUUCGCUGAUCACCUCUGCCGACUUUACGAACCUCAACUUUCUCCAGUCCACAAUUGGACUGGAGCAGGAGCCGAGUCUGACCACAACGCUGACCAACAACCAGACGGCGGUAGACAACAACACGGGCUACACACUCAGCGACAUGAUCAGAGACCGCAAGGCGCUGGAAUCACUGACCAUGUGCGAGGACGAUGGCACUUUGAUUAAGGACUCGCACAUCGGGCAGAUCGAUGAGAUAUCGCUGACGCUGAGCAAGACCGCCUCCGGCUGCAGCACCAUGGACAACAGCACGGACAGCAUGUCCAAUCCCUUGCCCGCAGCAGAUCGAACAAUGCCUGUGGUUUUGCCUCCAUCAGUUUGUCCCGCCCUGCACCGCACCCUAAUCCUGAGCGAGGAGAUGAUUGGCGACACAACCUUUAAUUUGGUGGACAGCCUGACCGCCUCCAUUCUGCCAUCAGAUGCGGAUCGAUCCCUGCCCAUUGAUGGGAAUGCCACUUUCAAGAGGCCCGCGGCAGCAGAUGAAACGCAGGUUUUGGCGGCUCGGCAGAUGAACACCACCUAUACCGAGGGCUGUGAUACGCCGGAGGCGCGUUGUGAAACGCCUGAGAAUGUUGAUCGUAAGCUGCCCUUACUCACCAUGGAAUCAACGCCGCUGACCACCAACUUGCGCUCCCAUUUCCACCCCAACAACAACAAUAAUAAUAAUAAGCCAGGUGCUUACACGCCGACGGUAAAGGGGCAUGUGGACAUGAACCUGUCACCGAUUGUGAGCACCACCCCGCAGAGGGCAAUGCAGGGACACGGACGGCAACACAAUAACACCUUCGAGCCGCCAGCUAGGGCAGGAGUAGGAGCCGAAGCCGCAGCGGGGGAGGGAGCUCCCUUUAACGGCGAGAAGUUCGUGCUGGAUACCAUGGAACUUCUAGAGCAGAUCGAACAGCCGCUGGAUGGCACUUACAGUUUGCAAAUGUCCGAGCAGCACAAGCAGAUGCAGUGCGUCAUGGACUUGGCCGAGGCCGAGGUGGAGAUGCUGGCCCAGCAGGGCGAUGAGGAGCAGUUCGAGCACAUGUUGGCGGAACUGGGCAAAGUUAAUACCCUAAGCGAGCACCAGCUGAAGAUGCAAAAGUCCCUGGACACUAUCAGGCGGCGUUUUCAUCGGGACGAUCCAACGGAGCCCGAGGAAGGGGAACGUGAACGGGAACUAGAGGAGCAGCAUCAACAUCAGUCGCCAGCCGAGAAAGUGGACACACCGCCGCUCAACCAGAGCCAUCUAAGUACUAGUAACAACAGCAGUACCAGCGGUGAGCGUCUUCUUAGUCGUCGCAGUCGGCUCUACGACGAUGUCAACCUGAGCGCCAUGCACGGCAGCAAUGGCAGCAAUGCCAGCUGCAAUUCGGCCUCGUUUAUUGUUCAGCGGAGAGAGGCGCCUGCGGUCGAAGCUCAGUUCGAUACAGCGGAAGAACCGACGAAGCCUCAGGCUUCCGCAGACACGGAUCCUUCCACCUACAAGCUGGCAGAGCGAAGGGAACGUGACCGCGAGCGCUUCAAGACCAUAAAGAUUUCGAAAGAGAUGCGCCUGCAGCCAGAGAUUAUAGUGCCUUGUAUAGACGAUGAACUGCAGCAACAGCAAACGGAGAUGGAGGAGCAGGAAGAAGUGCAGCUGGAACAGGAGCAGGUUGAACCUCCACAGCGGCAAGGCUCGCCGCCAGGUCGACUGUCGCGUCGCGAUCAGAACUCGGUCUUUAACAACAACAAUGUUGGGAGCAACUAUUUGACCUACAAGAAACCCAAGGAGAAGACCCUGCUCCAACGAAGACCCAUGCUUCAACAGGAAGCCACAGAGGAGAUACCAGCCCCCGCCCCCGCGCCCACUCUUCCCCAGCCACGAUCCCUCUCCCGACCGCGUUACAUAAGUGGCCUCCAAAAGUUUUCUACGGUAAGCAAAGCCACUUCAGCCGGUGCUGGUCUGAACGCCACUCCCUCCAAUGCAAUGCCCAUCACUGUGGCAGCGCCACCGGCUAGCGGCAGCGGUGAGCUGAAGAGUCCCAUGGGAAUCAAGUCCAAAUCGUUUCACAACCUGUCCUCCACAUUGAGCGGUGGAUCGGUAGCAGGAGUUGGAGCGCUGCCAAGACCUAGUUUGGGAGGUGGUGGCCUGCGACGACCUGGUGGGCAGCCUAGCAAGCUGAUGAGCGGACUGCGGGGACCAAUGCAGCCUCAAGAGGACGACUCGGUUUUCAAGGUGCCCAAGUUGGUCAGUGGUCUGCGUGCCCCUGGUCUGGCUGGUGCUAAACGUGUGGGAGCCAAUGGCCUGACUCGCCCUUCGUCUGGGUACUACAGCCUGAGCGUUAAGGCAGCACCCGAGGCGGAAACUCCAGAGAGCCUGUCCUCUGCCUCCUCGCGCGGAAGUCUGUAUGGGCACAGCAAGGAGAACACCAGUAGAUCAACGUCUAAUGUUCCUCAGCCCUCCUCCUUCGACACACAGGCGCUCACCUCCAAGCUGACACAGGUAACAACGGGGGCCACCGGCAUACCGAAGCCCUCGGGUCUACGUCCGCCCUCGCAGAUGAAGCGCAGCGGCCUGCCGCGCCCCUCCAGCAUUGUUAGGCGCUGAGAGCGCCUCAGAUCCGAACCGCAUUUCCAUGACCAUUCAUGUAUCCCAUCCCUUUUAUAUUCUGUGUUUCGCUCUUUUGUGUAUUUGCCUAGUGAUUUUCGAGACACUAGCAUUUAUGUUUAUUAAUUAAUAUAACGAGAAAUUAUGCAUUUAGUUUAUCAAACUGAGAACUUGGCUCACUCACAGAACCCAUAAACCUUACAUAGCUAGACAUUAAUAGAAAAAAAUAAACAUAAACACGAACUUUGCCUUACGAAUCAUAAAGAAAAAGAGAAGAGGAUUGAGAAUGAGAUUGAUAAUUCAAGCGAUAAAUGAUUGAUAGCUGUAUAUUUUUGUAAAAGCAAUGCAAAAAUUCUACGAACGUUAUGAAGUCUAAGCCAAUCGAAUAAAUUCUAGCAACUGAAAUAAAUAUAUACCAUAAGACCCUGCUCAGUGGCCCCACACAAGGGCCGCAACAAAAAGAAAACCAAACAAAAAAUUGAUGAUAAUAACCUAUAAGAGUAUUGAACGAACUUACAUUAUUAUAUUAUCGCAUAUAUACAUAUAAAAUACAACAAAACUAAAUGAUAGCAAUAUGUAUUGUCUUAUCAGAAGGUCUGCAACCUGUUUAUAUUUUCUAUAUCAUCAUCUCCAGAUCUAAAAAUCAUUCGAAAUUGUACAAGGUGCAGAAGCAACCAACUAUUAACCUUGCUUCACUUUGGCUCCCCUUGAGUGCUAUAUAAGUAUAUAAUAAAUAAAUACUUGUGAACCCACUUUCAGUUCUUAGUUAUGUUUGAGUUGCCAAAACGAAAAACUUCUUAAUAAAACUACAUACAUUAUAAACCUCAA